ACUCAAAGAGAGAAGUGUCGGCACAGAAGACACGGACAGCUGUUCGGUUUCUGGAUUUCUUUACAGAUCACACGGCAGAGGCUUUGUGCACAGCAUGGUUGCAUACACAACCGCACCGGUUGAUGUCGAGGCCGGUCCGGAGGCGAAGACUGUAGUUUUAGUUGAGAAGAAAUCACCUGCAGAGUGGAUAUGGAAGGUGUGCGCCGUCCUCGUCGUCGUGGCUCUUUGUUUAGCAGGUGUCCUGCUGUUUGCCUGGUACUGGAAUACGAGGCCAGAAAGGAUGACACAAUUAGGACAGCCAGAAGCUCUAAAGGCGAAGAACACUGGCGAAAAACCAGAGCCCCACUCCACGCUAAAAUGGAUCAGCAGCAAAGCCAAGGCAGCCAUCCACCUAGAAGGCAGCGACUCAAAAGGUCGUCUGGAGUGGAGGAACGGUCAAGGCCAGGCGUUCGCUCAGGGCGGCUUCAAGUUGGAGGCCAACAAAAUCAUCAUCCCACACACCGGCCUGUACUUCGUCUACAGCCAGGCAUCCUUCAGGGUGAUCUGCGGGAAUAGCGACGACGAUGAAGACGAGGAAAAAAGCCUCACAAUUCUCAGCCACAGGAUCUCGCGCUACUCAGAGUCCGUGGGAAGCCCCUCGACUCUGAUGAGCGCCCUGAGGUCGGCAUGCCAAGACACCGUUCAGGAUAGCUUCUCAGACCACGGCUGGUACAACGCCAUUUACCUGGGCGCCGUGUUUCAGCUGAACGAAGGAGACACGCUGUGGACAGAAACCAACCAGCUAUCGGAGCUGGAGACUGACGAAGGAAGGACCUUCUUUGGCGUGUUUGCACUUUGAGAUGACUCUCUGCUCUGAGCAGAAAAGCUGCAUGGAGCUUAAAAACUAUGUGAACAUAUAGUUUUUUAUUUCAUCCACAUGGUGAUGUUUAAAUACUGAAAUCUCAAUGGAGAUGAAUCCCAGCUGAAAACGCUAGGCUGAUUUUUUAAAACUAUAUAAACUGUAACAGUUUGCAACAUUGUUUCUACUUUAGGCACUUUUGACGUAUUAUUUAUACUGACCGGAGAUUGUAUUAGGCUAGAUUUCCUCUGCUGUAUCAGAUGAUGACAAGGCUCUUUGGCUCAAGAGUUCAGAUACAGAGGUGCUGUCAUAGCUUGUAUGUAUUUAUUUGUAUUUAUUUGUAUUUAAAUCACUGGGACCGGGGCUUUAAAGGUAUUUAUAUAAGUUGUGAAAAGAAUAAA